AUGCUGCUUCCGGGAAAGAUCCACCACGUGCUCAGUCCGGGCAACCUCUGCAUCAAGGAGGUGCAGGAGUACCUGCGGGGCAUCUGUCCGGACGUGCAUGUGACGAGGGGCGAGUACGACGACGAUGCCCAGUUCCCCGACACCAAGGUCGUUGUCGUGGGCGGCUUCCGCAUCGGCCUCUGUCACGGCCACCAGGUGAUCCCAUGGGGCGACGUUGAGUCCCUAGCCAUGCUGCAGCGGCAGAUGGGACUUGUGGGCGGCGAUGUGAAGGUGGAUAAGAUCGAAUUCAAGAAGCCCGUUGCUGGCGCGCAGUGA